AUGUCGGAAUACAUCCAUGGUCCAUCCUACCUCAUCGUCAGGUUGUGUCUCUUUCACAACUGGAGCCCACCGCAAGGGGGCCAUUUGAAGCUGGAAGGCACACCACCUAGACCUACCGAGACCCAAAAACCUCACGACCUUAGCGACAUUUCGCAAGAAGAUUUGUUCUACUCAGUAAUAGAUUCCACCAACGAAGAAGUCGAGCGCACUGCAUUCAACUCACGAUCCCACUCAUCUUCGGAAGCUACUGUUAUCUGCCAUCUCACUCCUGAUUUCGAAGAAGAGGAAGAACCCCUUGGACAAUUAACAUCACAUUACCUUCUGCUCCCUCAAGUUCCGUUCAUUACUGUAGACACUCCCUCCACCGCAUCAUCACUCACCCCCUCUACUCCAUCUCGCGACGAUUCACCCGAAAGGCAGAACCUUUUUGUACCCGCCUCCUUCAUACCUAGCUCUAUCCCGUCUCCGCAAAAGCGACUAAGUACUCUCCCGCCGUCCAUACCCGACCCCGCUAUUCAUACUGCGUCUUCCUCGACAGCACCAAUUACUACCACCCUUCCUCCAGUUGUGCAACCAGCUCUUUUUGCUCAACCCGUCCAACCCGCCAACAUGUCUUCCGCACCAUUCAAGAUGCCUCUUAGAGGAACCGACGCUGCACCAAAAUUCAAUGGCACCCCAACGCGCCUCAUACCAUUUUUUGAGGAUGUGGAAUUACUUGCUGACUAUGCAGGACUUACCGUUGAGCAGCGCAUCAAGGCUGCGAUCUGA